AAACCUUUUACAAUAUUUGUCAUGCGCCCUCUGUAUGUCCGCGUGCUGGAUCACGUGCUGCGCCGCAGCUUCGGCCACCCGCUAAGCGUGCAGCUGCUGGCUCUGAGCUCACUCGUGCUGUUGCUGAGCGUGCUAAUGUUCUCGCUGGACCCCUGGCUCGACGACAACUCGCACCAAUAUAUGAGGCGUUUGGCUCCCUCAAUCAACGUCCAAUUCGACUCAUUCGCCGUGGACCACCUCGUGGUGUUCGGGGCUAUUUCCCCGCCGUUGACAUGGCUACUUUUGGUCCACGUCGCGUACUCGCAGAUCGACUCGCGGGUUGAAGCAGCCUUGUUAAUACUACGCGUCGCCAGUUGCCUCACUGUCACUUUUGCGCUCACUGUGCUGUUGACCGAGUUUUUAUCCAGGAGGGCCAUGUUGGCGUUGGUAGCUUUAGUCUACGCGUCGCUGGGGCUGCUCUACUCAUGGAGUGUACCUAUUUGGAAAUGGUAUCAAGAAGAGAUGCACACGAGAGGUUUGGUAGGAUUCCUACCCGACUCCAUGCAAGAGUUACUGCUACGGACUUCCCUUUUGGAGUGGCUGACUGACACGAGCUUUUCAGAUAAAGUGGCGCCCUUUUUGCCAUUUCUACUUCCAUUGACAAGGGCUGAGCAGAUGAAGUUGAUGGAGCAAAUGCCGCCCGAGUCUCAAGUUAUGAUGACCAAGCCAGGAUUGUUACCAUUGUUACCGGACUCUGUACAAAACGUGUUGUUACCCGCAGCUGGCAGUGACAGUGACCAGGACGAAGCAAAGCAGGAGGAAAGUCAGACGAGUGAGGAGGCGUUGACGAUACAGGAGACAGAGGAGAUCAGGGUUGUGAGGAUGCAGCAGAGGAGGCUGUUGACGCUCACACCGCCAACUAGGACAAUGUCGGGCUUUGAUUUCCAUCGACCGGAAGUGGUGGACACAGUUCGAACGCCGCCGUCACGUGAGCAGGCGCUGAAUGAGAUCGUGGCGUCCAGGAUGUGGAAUGGGUGCAAGGAGUUGGUGAAGCUGCCGAGCUCGAAGACGCUCAACCGCACCGCUGCCAUGUCGAGUGCACUGCUGGUGAUGCAGCUGUAUGCUUCCAAAGGAAGUCGGAAGGUUUUCCUGACCUUUGCGCAGCUCGUGGCCGCGUCGGCGUUGAGUUCGGUGGCGUGUUGUGCGAUUUUCCUUCGCUUCGUGCAGCUACUGGAUCUCAAGUGGACGUCGGGGCGUACGAUGCCACUUCUGCGCUAUGCAAGGCAAUACUUGUUGCGUAACGGGAACGGUGGGACGCCGCAGAUUUCUGACCAACCAGCUAAUGGGGCCUCUGUGGCGCUGCGUACAGCCGCGUCUUCGGUGUCUAUUGUGAUGGCUGCAUUGUACGUCCUCCGAAAAUUGCGUCGGUAA